UUAGUUGCGGAGAUUUUUAUAUGCUACAGUUAACCUAUUGACAUGUCUUUGUCUUCUGUUAGCUACUUGACAGAACUGUAAUUGUAACGGCUGUUUCUUAGGAAUUUUUAUUGCAUUUUAUUUUUUUAUUAUUUAUAUUGGUUUAAGGCAUUACAAUUUGUUUAACAUAUGAUGGAAGACAGUUAAAUGAGAGAUUGAAAAUAAAAUUUCCUUUAUCAAUACUGAAUUGGGUGUUCUAUAUUGAUUGAGCACCAUAAAAUCUGACCAUUCUUCUCCUGAUUUAUGUGCCAGCAAAUUUGCAGUCAUGUUGUGUGAAAUAUGCCUUUUCUUUGGAUUAUUUGUGGCCAUUAAGAAUAUACUGGUUAGAAGGUUAUAUAAUCUGGAUUAGGAUGAUCAGGGGUGGUGGCAAACUGGAAGAUGCAGCAUUGAACACUCAAUAUUUCUUUUUUUCAGUAGUGUUUUCCUGAUUACUCUUGAAGUGUUUUAUGCAUAAUAAUCCCUCACAUCUUUUCUAUCAGCUUCUAAGUUGAUCAAUACUUUUCGACCCUCAAACUUCUCUCAUUCUGUAUUUUAGUUCCUCUGGUUAUUAUAACAACAUACUAACUGAUAUUCAUGGAGUAUACCAUAGUUGCUGUUAACUUAUUAGUGGAACAAUAUUAUAAAAAAAAUUUACCCUAAAAACCCCAUCUGUUUCAUAAUUCUUGUUUUUAGAACUCUUAUAACACUUGUUUAUUCAAAUUCAAUUGAAAAUAGUUGUAAGACGAGCACCAUAUGUACAGUGUUUAAUUUUAGAAAACACCAUCAUAGAGCCCAAUCUCAACAAGAUAGCUCGUCUUAUCAUUAUCCAAGUUAGUCAUCUUCUUAUGCUUAUUCAUAACUCAAGUCUUCACAUCCUCUCUAAUUUUAUUUUUUAGAAUGAAUCCAGAAAUUAUGUGGUUGUUUUGGACUAAAUGGUUUUUUCUGAUGUCUAUUUGGCUAAACUAUAUCUGGAUUAAGGAACAUAGAAAGAUUGAUAUGCCCAAAGGAGAAAUUUUUUGGGCUGAUCAUAUAAAUAAUAGGUGUUCAGAGAUGUAUACCAAAUAUAGGAGAUAUAACCUUUGAACUGUUGACAGAUGAAUUGAAAUUUAUGAAACAUUGUUCUUGAAUUAGCCAUGAUGCUGUCGUUGAUGGACUGCAUGGUUGGAUAGUAGAUCACCGUGUGUCCAUUGUCUCCUUCAGGCAUCAUGAAGAUACUAUAUCUGGAUUAAGGAACAUAGAAAGAUUGAUAUGCCCAAAGUAGAAAUUUUUUUGGGCCGAUCAUGUAAAUAAUAGGUGUUCAGAGACUUAUACCAAAUAUAGGAGAUAUAACCUUUUAACUGUUGGCAGAUGAAUUGAAAUUUAUGAAACAUUGUUCUUGAAUUAGCCAUGAUGCUGUCCUUGAUGGACUGCAUGGUUGGAUAGUAGAUCACCGUGUGUCCAUUGGUCUCCUUCAGGCAUCAUGAAGAUACUUAGUUCAUGUUUUAAUGAUGUGCAAAUUUUGUUGCCAAUGGGCUUGAUUUAGUACUAUAAAACCAAAGCAAGGAAAUUAACUUUUAUUUACAAUUUUUUGAAAUACAUAGAAUAGAAAUGGUCCUAUGCACCUAUUCCACUGCGGUCAACAAUUUGGCUGAAAGUUUUGAGCUGCUUGUAACUUAAGAAGUUCCAGCUGAUAUGGCAAAAAAUGGUAAACCCCACUCCCGGCAACGCCCCCCGCACGUGGACAGGCGCGGCGCCCCAGGGAGAGCAACGAGGGCAACGGUCUGCGUCCGGACGUCAGCCUCACUGAGCCCACAGCCCCUCAGUCAACCCAGCACAGUAGGACGAGACAGAAGUAGGUAGCGGUUGAAGCUCGCCCAUGCCCUGCGAUUCCCCGAUCCCAUACGCAACAUCCUCGGCGAUGUCGGACGCCAUCAGAGAUACGGCCCCGACCGACGGGAUGGCGCGCCCGAUAAUGCCGAGUUCCCCUAUAAACGUCCUCGAGCCAGAGGGAAGAGAGCAGACUGGACGCCCAGAACAACCGCCACUUCAUCUCUCUAACUUGAUCGUCGGAGGGGUCGGGUCAAACCAACCCGACCUUUGUGCAGGUAUCAAGCCGAGGUCUCCCGUUCGGGACACGCAGGCAAGGAGUCCCCACCCGGAGGAAGUCGUUGCAUCGCCCCGAGUCCGAGGCCGCACCCGACCACCCCGGUGGAGACGAGCAUCGCCCCAGGGAGAUCCCCGCCAUUCGGACCCCCGAACGAGCCGAGACGACCUCCCGGGUCACGGCUAAGAAAAAAAGGUGUUUACACCAACAUAAUGGCGCUAGAAGGAGGGCCGGUCCGAAUGUCAAGCGAUCAACAGGCUCACUCCGACGAACCCCCAGCCGUCCGGUCGCACACGACCGACGCAACGGAAGAACAUCCCCAACAGGAGGGGGUUCGGGACGAACGCCCCGCUGCGAUCUCGGAGCGCUAUUGGCGAUUGUUCAACGAUCCGGGUCUAUCGCCACCCAUCGCCAAUCCCGGUGGCCCGUCACCCGUGCCACCCGAAGCCUUCUACGACCUCACGCACCAGGUCCGGGCUCUUACGGGAGUGAUGCAGACCAUCAUCCCGCUGGUCUCUCCCCCGACGGCUUCACACUCAACCCUACCUCCACCACGGCAACGGCCCGCCGCUCAAAACCCCGCACCGCUCCCCGAGUCUCCCGCUUCGCCUCCGGACCAAUCGACCCAACCCGGGAGCCGAGGAGCGGAGGAACCAGCGGCGCACCCGACGCCCGUGGCCCCACUUUCAGACUCGGCGGAGGGCCUGUGGGCCCAGCUACGCCUCGUAGGCCGCCGGCUGGACGAGGUGCAGCGUGAGGUUCACCGGACCAGGGGAGACCCGGGGGCCGAGCGACACCAGGGGUCCCCCUUCACCCCCGAGAUUCAAGAGCAAGCAAUCCCGCCGCAUUUUCGGCUCCCGUCAUUGGAUGCCUAUGACGGUGCCACCGAUCCGGCGGACCACGUAGCUGCUUUCCGCGCCCAAAUGGCACUAUACGGGACAUCCGAUGCCCUGAUGUGCAGGGCGUUCCCGACAACCCUGCGGGGCCCAGCCCGAGCGUGGUACAGCAAUCUGAAGACCGCGACCAUCGCCUCUUUCGACCAAUUGGCCAGAGACUUUGAGCUUAACUUCCUCGCUCAUGCCAAACCGAAGCCGUCGGUGGCGAUGCUCCUCGGGCUCAACCAGAGGGAGGAUGAGCCCCUCUCUCACUUUGUGAACCGCUUCACCACACAAAUCCGCGGGUUGUCUGACGCUCACCCUUCUUUGAUGAUGCAGGCAUUCAUGAUGGGCCUGCGCCCUACCCGAUUCUUUUGGUCUCUGGUGGAGCGACCCCCCACUUCGGUUCCCGAAAUGUUGCAGCGUGCGAACCAGUACAUCGCUGCUGAGGCAUGGAUGGUCGGGAGGCGCGACGAGCGCAAGAGGGUCAAGCCAGAGCAGUCCCAACAACAACAGCCCGCUACCUCCCGGCGCAGGGCCGGCGGCCUCAACGAUGCGGCACCUAGGUCCCCUCCCCCGGGCCUGAACUCCUCUCGGACCGAAAUAUUUCUCCACAUUAAGGAGAAAGGCCUUCUCAAAGACCCCUACCCGAUGAGGAGCUCGCGCGAACUCGCGGACCGCUCUAAAUACUGCCGUUUCCACCGACAGCCCGGUCACGACACCGAGGAGUGUCGAGAAUUAAAAAGGCAAAUUGAGGAGCUCAUCCGCCGAGGGCACCUCGGCUCAUACCUCCGACCAGACAAGGAGCUCUCGCCACGCCCGGAAGGCCCCAUCGAGCGGCACAUAGAUGUCAUAACCGGCGGACCAGCGUCCGGAGGGAGUUCCAUGGCGGACGGAAGGGCAUACGCCAGGGCCUCCCGGGCUGAAGCCACCAAACAGGAAAAAGGCCCCGAAGUCACCUUCCCGACCGGGGGACCUGAACCAGCCGAACAUGAUGACGCGUUGGUAAUAUCAGCCAGAAUCGCCAACGCGCAAGUGAGAAGGAUCAUGGUCGACACUGGAAGCUCGGCCGAUAUACUUUACUGGGACGCCUUCCAAAAGCUCGGUCUGGUAAAGGAGAACAUGAAGCCGGUAUACUCAACACUCACGGGGUUCACCGGUGCCUCAAUCUCGUCACUAGGGGUCAUCACCCUGCCCCUAACUUUGGGAGUCUUCCCGAAGGCAAAAACAGUGAUGACCUCCUUUCUGGUGGUCGACCUCCCCACGACAUACAACGCCAUCCUCGGACGGCCAACCCUCAUCAAGACCCGAGCCGUCAUCUCAACUUACUACCAAACCAUCAAGUUCCCGACCCACGAUGGGGUCGGGGAAGUGGCGGGGAACUCCUGGGAGUCCAGGCGCUGCUACUUGACCGCUGUGUCACUAAACAAGAGAGCGAGGAUCCAAUCCCCGCUGGAAGACCCCCGGGAGGGAAAAAAACCGACCCCCCGCCCCGAGCCGAAGGAAUCCACCAUUGACUUGCCACUGAUCGAAGGAAGGCCCGACCAAACAGUCAAAGUCGGGUCGGGACUGCCCGAACAAGAGCAACAGCAGCUCGUCGGCCUUCUGCGAGCCAACGCCGACAUCUUCGCUUGGACGCCGACUGACCUAGUCGGAGUCCACCCGGAAGUCGCGCUGCACCACUUGAACAUCUCGUCCGACGCCCGCCCGGUAAAACAGAGACCCAGGCGGCAGGCCCCGGAUCGGCAACUGGCCAUCCGAGAAGAGGUAAACCGACUUCUGGCGGCCGGUUUCAUAGAAGAGGCAAGGUACCCACAGUGGCUCUCCAAUGUAGUCCUUGUCAAAAAGCCUAAUGGAAGCUGGCGGAUGUGCGUUGACUACACCAGUCUCAAUAAUGCUUGCCCAAAAGAUUGCUACCCCCUGCCGAAGAUCGACCAGCUAGUUGACGCCACGGCUGGCCACGCCCGUCUUUCGUUUAUGGACGCAUUCUCCGGGUACAACCAGGUCAGGAUGGCACCCGAAGACCAAGAACACACAGCCUUCCUCACCGAGCAAGGGGUAUAUUUUUACAAAGUCAUGCCGUUCGGGUUGAAAAAUGCCGGGGCGACCUACCAGAGGACGGUGAACAGGAUAUUCGCCCACCAGAUUGGACGAAACAUGGAGAUAUAUGUCGACGACAUGAUCGUAAAGAGCCGAACGGCGGAGGCCCAUCCUUCUGACCUAGCUGAAACAUUCGACACCCUGCGAAAGUUCGGCCUGCGCCUCAACCCCGCCAAGUGCGCCUUCGGCGUGACCUCGGGAAAAUUCCUCGGAUUCAUCAUACAUGAGAGAGGGAUUGACGCCAACCCGGAAAAGAUACAGGCCAUCAUUGACAUGCAGCCUCCUCGGACGAUCAGAGACCUGCAGCGCCUUAACGGGAGGCUAGUCGCGUUAUCACGUUUUCUUUCCCGAUCGGGAGAUCGCUGCCUCCCCUUCUUCCAGGCCCUGAAGGAUCCGAAGAACUUCCGAUGGACGACGGAAUGCGAGAGGGCCUUCGAGCGGAUGAAGCAACACCUGGCCAACCUCCCCCGGCUCGCUUCAGUCUCCCCUGGGGAGAAAUUGAGUCUCUACCUCGCCGCCUCCCAGCACGCGGUCAGUUCGGUUCUGGUCAAAGAAAACUCCGGCGACCAACUGCCGGUCUACUAUGUCAGCCACAUGCUGAGCGGGCCAGAAGAACGCUACCCGCCAAUCGAAAAGCUGGCGCUGGCGCUCGUUCUGUCGGCGCGAAAGCUCCGCCCUUAUUUCCAGGCCCACCCGAUGGAGGUAAUAACUGACCAGCCGCUCCGGCUUGUCCUGUCUAAAUUCGACGUUGCAGGGCGUCUCCUCAAAUGGGCAGUAGAGCUCGGCGAGCACGACAUACAGUAUAUACCACGGACCGCCAUCAAAGCCCAGGCCGUGGCAGACUUCAUUGCAGAGCUGACCCCGAGCACAGGCGAGGAACUCGAGCCACCGCGUGAGACGUGGACCCUCCACGUAGACGGGUCGGCCAACACAAAAGGCGCCGGUGCAGGGCUGGUGCUGGUGACACCUGACGGCCGCUCGAUCGAGCGCUCCUUCUGCUUCGGGUUUAGGGCCACCAACAACGAGGCAGAAUACGAGGCUCUCCUGGCGGGGCUCCAGUUGGCACUGGAAAUGCGGGUGACCGACAUACGCGUCAUCACCGACUCACAGCUGGUGGCUAGGCAGCUCGACGGCGGAUACGAAGCCCGGGACCCGAUUAUGGCGAAAUAUCUGGCACAGGUAAAAAGCCUUGCCACCAAGUUUGCCCAUUUUGAAUUGUCGAAUGUUCCCAGGAGCGAGAACCAGCGAGCCGACACCCUGGCAAAAUGGGCGUCCGGCUCGGCCCCCUGGGCUCUACCCGAGACCGAAGUGCUCCCCCACCAAGCCAUAGAGGUCGUCGCCACGGUCACGGGCGACGCGCCGGCCACUUGGGUACAAGAGAUGCUACGCUUCAAGCGGGAUGGGGCUCUACCCGACAAUGAAACCACGGCUCGACGCUUGCGUCGGACGCAGGCAUGGUACAUCGAAGAGGAAGGACGGCUGUACAAGCGGUCCUUCUCGCGCCCCUUGUUACGCUGCCUAGAGCCGAACGAAGCUCGGGCCGUUCUGUCCGACAUGCAUGAAGGGGCCUGCGGGGAACACAUAGGCGAACGAGCCCUGGCGCACAAGAUACUCCGACAGGGGUACUACUGGCCGACCAUGCGCCAGGACGCGAAAGCUUUCGUGCGGCGGUGCAGCUCGUGCCAGGAGCACGCCCGCAUCGCCCGACGGCCGGCGGUCCUGUUCACCCCUGUCGACUGUGCCUGGCCAUUCGCGCAAUGGGGACUGGACAUACUAGGGCCUCUCCCACCCGCCUCCGGCCAGCGGAAGUACAUCAUCGUGGGAGUGGACUACUUUACCAGGUGGGUCGAAGCCGAGCCUCUAGCGACCAUUACGGAGUCACAAGUGGAAAGGUUCGUGUGGAGAAACCUCAUAACUCGGUUCGGCCUGCCCCAGUCCAUCGUCACCGACAAUGGACCUCAAUUCGCCGACAGGAGAUUCCAAGAGUUUUGCGCCAAGCACAAAAUACAGCUGAGGUUCAGCUCGGUGGCUUACCCCCAGGCGAAUGGGCUAGCUGAGGUAACCAACCGGUCCAUCGUCGACGGCCUCAAGAGAAGGGUAUCCGCUGCCCGAUCGGCUUGGAUCGACGAGCUCCCGAGCGUCCUAUGGGCGAUGCGCACUACCCCCAAGACCCCGAUCGGGGAGUCUCCCUACAGCCUCACGUUCGGGACCGAGGCCGUAUUGCCAUCCGAAGUAGCCAUCCCGACUCCGCGGACGGCAGACUACAGCGAAGAGGCCUCGGGAGAAGGGCUCCGAUCCAACCUGGACCUACUCGAGGAAAGACGGGCUAACGCACACCAGAAAGCUCUUUCUUACAAAAGAGCCGUAGCGAGGGUCUACAACCGGAGAGUACGACCCCGAUCAAUAAAAUUAGAGGACCUGGUCCUGCGCAAAAUCGAAGUCAGCCGCCCAACCCAAGCAAGGGGGAAGCUGACCCCAAAGUGGGAAGGACCCUAUCGGGUCAUCGGAGUAUCCCGACCGGGGACGUUCCGACUCGCGACAAUGGAUGGCGACCCCGUGCCCCGGACUUGGAACAUACAGAACCUUAGGAAAUACUUCGUUUGAAGGUGCAGGCACUACGCAAACACAGAAAACGAAAAAGAUCAUUUUAUUAAA